CUUUACUUUAGUUGAUCAAGUGUCCUCUGUAAUCUUGUGAUUUAUCUCGUCUGUACUACAUGUGGCAGUGAGACUGUAUUCUGCUUGUAAUAAUCAAGAAAAGACUAUGCACAGCCUAACACAGACCGUGUUGGCGAUAGCCACACUCGCACACUCAACCCUCGCCCAAUUCGGCGGCUGGGGAGGCGGCGGCAGCGGCUACGGGGGCGGAGACUCGGGCAGCGGGUACUCGGGCUACGGCGGCAGCAGCAGCGGGGAUGAUGAUGGCGACGGGUACGGCGACAGCUACGGGCUUGGGUUCGGGGCGGGCUUCGACUACGAGACGGCGGAGCGGCGCCGCUCCGCCCACGGGAUCAUCGCCGCCAUCGCCUUUGUGAUCCUGUUCCCGCUGGGCGCCAUCUUCCUGCGCAUCAUCCCGGGCCGCUGGUCGGUGCGGAUCCACUACUUUGUCCAGAUCAUUGCCUGGCUGCUCUACAUUGCUGGCUUUGCGCUGGGCGUCAUCCUGCUGCGGAUGCUGCCGUCGGGUGGCCAGAGCCUCUUGUCGAGCUCACCGGCCAAUGCCCACCCCGUUAUUGGAAUCGUGGUCUUCAUCAUGCUCGCGUUCCAGCCCCUGUUUGGGUAUCUCCACCACCGCCAGUUCAAGCGGUACCAGAGGCGCAGCAUGAGCUCACACCUCCAUCUGUGGGAUGGCAGGAUCGCGAUUGCCCUGGGGAUCAUCAACGGGGGGCUGGGCCUGAGGCUCGCCGGCGCCCGCGAGACACUCAAGCUCGCGUACACCAUUGUCGCCGCCAUCAUGGGUGGGGCGUGGGUCAUCCUGGCGCUGAUUAGCGAGUGCAGGAAGGGCCGCAAGAAGGUGGACACAAGGCGUGGCGACGAAGCAAGGACGGUCAAGGUGGUACGGGUCCAGAAGGCUGCGAGACACGGCAGCAGUGAUGGCGAAUCGGAGAGGUCGAGGUCGCGACACUAGGAUGGGACUUGCAUGCUGCCUGCGUCAGGGCACAAAGCUUUGCUUUGCGUCUGAAGCUUGGGAGGUGCUUCAGUGUGGGUUGGCGGGAUCUGAAAUCCUGCCUGUCGGUGGACAAAGAGUAAUGAUCGAUAACGGCC